AUGGCAGAUGACGCUGUUCUCCGGGUCCCGCCCCCCCAUGAGAUUAUCAUUGUUCCCCCUCCCGAGCACGAAGACCGCCAUGCCCUCCUCCAGCAGUGUAUCCAAGUUAGGAUCGCCGUUUUCGUCACAGAACAAGGAUUUCCGUUGGAAGUUGAAGUAGAUGAACAUGAUCCGACAGCCACACAUUUCUUGUUAAGACUUUUACCGUCCCUCGAACCUAUAGGGACAAUCCGUGCCCACAAAGUGGAAAGCGCAGGCGGCUCAUACUAUAAACUUGCAAGGCUCGUCGUUCUAAAGGAAUACCGACAUUAUAAAUUCGGACGCAAUCUUGUACUCGCAUUGCAUAAUUGGGCAAAGGUUCAUGCCAGAAAUUCAGGGGUAACUGACUAUGUCAAGAUGGUCUGUCACUCCCAAGCGGUCCGUGCAGACUCGGCUGGUGCUGUAGGAUUUUAUCGCAAGUUUGGUUACGAGGAACAGGGCGAUCUGUUCGAUGAAGAUGGUGAACCGCAUCAGAAGAUGGUCGCCCGAUUAUCAUUAGAAGAGUAA